AUGCCUGGCCUUUACAGCGCUGUGCCCCCUCCAUCUGAGGCCCCGCGUCCGGCUGCAUCACCAGCUGGUAAGGCAGCCUCGCCGUCGCCAAGGACCCCUUCACGCCAGAACAACCAUGCGACACCGCCCGGCGUCAUCGAUAUUGAGGCCUGGACCAUCUCCGCCCUCCAAUCCCUGAGCGUCAGUCCCAUCGCGCGAGGUACCGGUUCGCCACUCACCAUCCCGCUGGACGAAGCUCCCAAGCAGACGGAGGACAAGCCCCAGGCUGAAGGGACGAGACGAACAGUCACCAUCGCAGUCGAUCCGCGUGCCGACCCCAUUCGAAGGCCCCUGAGCCGUCGUGACAGCUUGAAGUCGAGAGAUGCCGCGCUGAAGGGCAGCGAAGGCAGCCGACAGCGCCGCCGCUGGGAGAAUGACCGCCUCAUCGGCGUGCCCAACGCCCAGCCGCCCAUCCCCUCCGACUUUGAGCCUCGCCCGACACACCCCAUCCACCACGUUCCCUACCACCUCGCCGCCUUCUGGGAUCGCGACUCGCCCACGUCGGCCUCUGUCCGCCAGCGCCUCGACACAAAGUCUCUCGCCCAGCAGGCCCGCCGCAAGACGCAGCAGCUCGCCAACGGAUCCGCCACCGGCCGCGGCGCCGGCAUGGUGCCGCGCGACCUGCGCGAUUACACCAAGCGGUCCCCCGCCAUCAAGAACUGGGUCCGUUUCCUCGAGGAGCCCGUCCGCAACUUUGUGCGCCAGCAGCGCGGCGACGCCCCCGUAGACGAGGACACGGAUGCCGAGGGCCUGGACAGCGAGGACGAGGAGAUUGUCUUCGUUGGCCGCAAGAACCAGCCCACGCCUGCUGCUGCCGCUGCUGCCGCUGCCAAGGCGCAGGGCUGGAAGAAGGCGACGCGCGACGACGGCAGCGGCAACCUCGAGACAGGCGUUGUCUUUGACGAGCUGGGCGACGACGAGAGCGCGUCCUUCAAGCGCUGGCUCACACACUCCAUCUCCGACUACUACGGCCUCGAGUCGCGCUCCGUCACAACAGGGACACCCGCCCGACGCGUCGUCUACAUUGGCUCGAAACAACUCGAGACCAACCACAGGGGGCCCAACGCCAGUCACGACCUUCCGCGGCCCCUCUGGGAGAUUUGCUGA